AUGGUGUCAUCCCCCGCUUUACUUCUCCUUCUCUUUCCAUACGACAUUGGGCCCCCGUCGAGUAUGUCUGUGCCACCGUUGGGCAUCCCAUCCGACAUCGCUUUCAUCACAGGCCCAACAAUGUUGGGGAUAUGCUUGAAUUGGGGCUUUAUGGGUGUUUUGGCCGCUCAAACAUACUUCUACCACGUACACUUCCCCGACGACCGCCUCCUCGUCAAAUCGCUAGUUUACGGGCUAGCCAUGCUGGAUGUGCUGCAGACGGCGAUGAUCACCGCUGAUGCCUUCCACUGGUUUUGCUUUGGGUUCGGGGACAUGGCACAGCUCAAUGAAACCUUCUUGAACUCAUGGGACGUCCCCUUUCUCGACGCGCUUAUAGCCCUCGUCGUGCAGGCAUUCUAUUGCUGGCGAAUAUACUUUAUCCGCCAGACCAUCCUCGUCCCCUUGGGCAUCUUCCUGAUAUCGAUUGCGCAGUGUGUGGGCGGAAUUGCAACUGCUGUCAAGGCGCAUCGGUUGGGCCGCCUCUCGCUCAUCCCCACCGAAGUUUUCGAGCAAACGCUGUGGCUUGUUAGCGGCGCCGUGGCGGAUGUGGCUAUCGCAGUGACGCUCGCUUGGGCUUUGUUGUAUAAACGCACAACCACGCUGCCGCGCACAAAGAGUAUCAUAUCGCGCGUGAUUCGGCUGACAGUGGAGACAAAUGCGCUGACUGCCGGCUGCGCGGUGUUGGCGUUGAUUAUAUUCUGGGGAGCGCCGAAGCAUCCUACGCUAGUCGUCCCACCAACGGCCAUCAUCGGAAAGUUAUAUACCAACUGCCUCAUAGCAGUAUUCAACAACCGCGCGAUAGAACCGAUUCGCUCAGGCCCCCGAGUGUCCGCGACAGCGCCGGCACAGUCCCGCACCAAUAACCAUGCAAUGCACUCAGUGCAGUUUGCCAUCGACGCCGAGCACGGCGCGCGCGCCGGUGGGGUGUCCGUAUCCGAUGGCAGUGCCGCGGAAGGUGUGAAGGUGCAUGUCGUGCGCGAGAUGGAGCUAACGUAUGAUCCUGAAACGGAGCUCGAGGACUUUCCCAAAGCCCGCUAG